GCCUCGAGGUGAGAUGUAUAAAGCAGGACCUCAUUCCGAUCAUCAUCGUCUUCAUCUCAUCAUCAUCAAGCAUCUCGAGUCUGCAGUCCUCCAUCAUGUUUGCUAAAGCCGCUCUCUUCUCCUCGCUCCUUGCGAUCGGAGCAUCAGCUCAGAAGGUAGCCACUCUGACUACUGAGACACAUCCUAGCCUUCCCAUCCAAGAGUGCACCUCUGCUGGCUCUUGCAAGUCUCUCUCGACCACCGUGACUCUCGAUGCCAACUGGCGCUGGUUGCACACAACCACCGGCUACGACAACUGCUACACUGGCAACUCCUGGAACACCACGCUCUGCCCUGAUGGCAAGACUUGCGCCAACAACUGUGCUCUCGAUGGCGCCGACUACUCUGGCACCUACGGUGUCACUGCCUCCGGCGGUGCCCUCACCCUCAAGUUCGUCACUCAGGGUAGCUUCAGCAAGAACAUUGGCUCUCGACUUUACCUCAUGGCCUCCGAUACCAAGUACCAAAUGUUCAAGUUGCUGAACAAGGAGUUCACUUUCGACGUCGAUGUCAGCAAGCUUCCCUGUGGCCUCAACGGUGCCUUGUACCUUGUUGAGAUGGACGAGGAUGGUGGAUUGGGCCGAUUCUCCACCAACAAGGCUGGUGCUAAGUACGGAACUGGAUACUGCGACACUCAGUGUCCUCAUGACAUCAAGUUCAUCAACGGCGAGGCCAACGUAGAAGGCUGGAACCCGUCCCCCAACGAUGCCAACGCCGGCUCCGGCAAAUACGGCUCCUGCUGCCACGAGAUGGACAUCUGGGAAGCCAACAGCAUCUCCACCGCCUACACGCCCCACGUCUGCUCCGUGAACGGACAAGUCCGCUGCUCCGGCACCGACUGCGGCGACGGCGACCAGCGCUACUCCGGCAUCUGCGACAAGGACGGCUGCGACUUCAACAGCUACCGCAUGGGCGACAAGUCCUUCUACGGCCCGGGCGCCAAAGUCGACACGAAGAAGCCCUUCACCGUCGUCACCCAAUUCAUCACGUCGGACGGCACCGACACGGGCAAGCUCUCCGAGAUCCGCCGCCUCUACGUGCAGAACGGCGUCGUCGUCAAGAACAGCGUCAGCGCCGUCUCCGGCGUCACUGCCUCCUCGUCUAUCACUGAUAACUUCUGCAAGGAGCAGAAGACCGCGUUUGGCGAUAACAACGCGUUCGCGAAGCUCGGCGGCUUGUCUGCCAUGGGCGGCGCUAUCGGCCGCGGCAUGGUGCUCGCGCUGUCCGUCUGGGACGACCAUGCUGUCAAUAUGCUCUGGCUUGACUCUACGUUCCCGACUGACAAGGACCCGGCUGCCCCUGGUGUUGCUAGGGGCACUUGCCCGACUGAUUCCGGCAAGCCUGAGGUUGUCGAGGUCGAGAACGCGGAUUCGAGUGUCAUCUACUCGAAUAUCAAGUUCGGUGCUAUCGACAGCACGUACAAGGCUGGCGGCGGCACGACUCCUCCCCCUGAGAACCCGGGAACGCCAGGUACUGGUGGAACGGCGAACAAGUAUGAGCAGUGUGGUGGUAUGAACUGGACUGGUCCUACGGCUUGCAAGGACAGCACCUGCAAGAAGGUCAACGACUGGUAUAGCCAGUGCUUGUAAGGGAGGCACGCGUAGCUAGGCUAGAGAUUCGAUGUUGAGUUUGUUCUACUUGUAUAUAGUUGGUUCAGGGUGUUAUUGAGGUUACAGAGAGUAGAAGUGAAUUUGAUUUUGAAGCAAUUGAAUUUUUGA